CCCGAUGACGGCCGGGUCAGCGGAGACCUCCUGCCCCGCUGAAUCAGACCUUCCCCUCCCACCACCUGCGCAAGGAGGCGGCCCGGGGAAGCCGCCUCGGUGCAUAUAAAGCGCUGCCGUCGGAGGGGAAGCGCCGCUCGCUCCCGGACGCCGCUGCCGCCAUGGCCACGGGCCGCCGCCUGCCGCUGCCCGCGCUGCUGCUGCCGCUGGCCUGCGCCGCGCUGGCCCAGCGCCCCCUCACAGAGAAGCAGCGCGCUUGCCUGCUGCCCCCCGACGAGGGGCCCUGCCGCGCCCAGGUGCCGCGCUGGUACUACGACCGGCACACGCAGAGCUGCCAGGAGUUCUCCUACGGGGGAUGCUACGGCAACGCCAACAACUUCCUCACCUUCGACGACUGCGAGAAGAGCUGCUGGACCAUCAAGAAAGUGCCCAAAUUAUGCCGGAUGGAGGCUGAUGAAGGACCUUGCAGGAGUUAUCUAAGAAGAUAUGCCUUUAACUUGAGCUCGAUGAGGUGUGAGGAAUUCAUCUAUGGUGGCUGUUAUGGAAAUGGCAACAACUUCAGAGAUUUGCAGUCUUGUGUGGACUACUGUCUGCCAGAAAAAACUGGCCCCUUGCUAUGCUAUAGCCCAAAGGAUGAAGGAUUGUGUUCCUCUUCUGUGCCUCGCUAUUACUAUGACACCAAGACUAAAUCAUGUAAAGAGUUCACAUAUACUGGCUGUGGUGGAAAUGCCAACAACUUUGUCACUGAAAUGGAUUGCUACAAUGUCUGUAGGAAAGCUGGAAAUCAGAAACCGAGUAUCAACAAGCCAACAAAUUUAUCCCGCAGAAAAAUAGUGAGAAAACUGAAGAAGAAGCCUCAGAUGUAUAACCUGAAGUCUUAAAGCUGAUGUGCACUUGGAUGUUUGAAACACUUUUUGUUGAUUCCGCUUUCUUCUUUUGUAAGAUAUUUUUCACAAAGUUUUAUACUGACAUAGUUCUGUCUUUCAGAGCUGCUUUUUAUGCAAUUUACUUUUUUAUAAGAAACUGCAUUUAAUAGAAGAACGAACCUAAGCUUGGUUCUUCUGCUGUGUUGUCUUUGCAAUAAUAUUUUGGAAAGACUUGUUUAGAUUUCCAUGUUUUUAUGGGGGGAAUGUUACUUCUGCCUUGGGAGAAUAUUUCAGCUGUUGCAAAUCAGUUAAAAUUCGAAGAAUCAAAUGUUUGUUAUUAUAACUAAGGAGAGUCCAACACUGAAAAUCUACAAUGGAUUUUUAAAUUUUGUUUUGCAUCCUCUGCUUGCUAAAGAAAAGGAACUUUUCACAAGUGUGUUCAGAGGUUUGCUGCCCUGCCAUUUAUAUACUUUGGCCCUACCAUUUAAAUAGGUGGUCAUUUACAGUUCAUAGUAAAGGCUUUCAGAAGCCUUCAUAACAAUACAAGAAGUAUAAAUUUAAAUGCAGCUCAUCCCGCAGGAGAGAAUUUGGAAUAGAGUUGCUUUAAAAAACACUCUGACAAAGGCAAUGAAUAAGCUAGUUGAGUAUUAAAAUAAAAGUGUAGCCAUUACUUUUUCAUGACAUUUGAAAUUUCUGCUAAGUUACUCCAGAUCCUCAUACGGCAUUAAUCAGCAUAGUUUUACUGAUUUUAAUGGAGCUAUGCUGAUUACGUCUGCAGAGGAUUUUGAUAUUUGUGAUAAUGCAGUAGCUGUUAAAGCAGAGCAGCAGAAGUUUCUGCAAAUUUCAUCUACAAAAGAGUAAUCCCCCUUUUGAGCACUUUUAUAUUUCUUACGGUAGGUUAUACCUAUGGUGAUACUUUUGCACAUUCUUUUAUAUUUUGUAUUUUAGUCACGUCUGAAUUUCAGUUAAUUUGACUUACAAUAUUUUCUAAAUAAAAAUUCACAAGUAAUGUUAAUAAAAUGGUUUUUUGUGGAAAAAAAAA